GGAAUCCGAACCGGAGGGGCCGGGACAUUAUGUUCGCAAGCGGUGCCGCUCUCUUCCGCCGCCGGGCGUCGUCGGCGAUGCGACGCUGCUCUUUUUCCGACGCUCCAUCAUGGCCUGCCCGCUUUUCUUCCUCUGCAACGGCGUCCGAGAGGACAGGCCCGCCGCCGAUCCGUGUGUCUCUAACCGAGUCGGCCGGGCGAGGCGUGUUUGCGACCCGGGAAAUUGCCGCCGGUGAACUUAUACACUCCGCCAACCCUCUCCUCGUUCACCCUUCACUGUCUCUCCUUGACAAAGUCUGUUAUUACUGUCUGGGGAGGUUGCAUGAGGCGCCUUCUCCUCUCGGAUCCUCUUCUGUGGAAGAGAAUGAGAGCUCAAAGACCGCUGCUUCCUAUUUCUGCAGCGAAAGUUGCAGAGAACAGUCCAAGGUGUUCUUUGAGAUAGAGCGAAGACUGGAUUGGUCGUCAUUUCAUCAAUACUGCAGCUUGAAGAGAUUGAAAUAUCCCUUGAUGGUAAAGCGGCUGGCUUGUAUGGUUAUAUCAGGAGCAGCAUCUAUAGAUAGUCUUGACAUACUUCAACCUGCUAGCUUACACCCUGAGAUAUUAGCAGAGAUGGAUGAAGAGUUUCAAUUGUUGGAGGACACCUUUCAGUCAGGGCAGUUUAAAAAUGACAUGACAUUUCUAACCAAGGAAUGGUAUAUCAAUGCGCUGGCAAGAAUUCGCAUAAAUGCUUUCCGCAUCGAGUUGGUUGCAAGAUCUUAUGAAGAAAUGCUUAGCUCAGCGGUUGCUUUCAUAGCAGUUGAUGCUGCUGUUGGGAAUGCUGUUUACAUGCUUCCAUCAUUCUACAAUCAUGACUGUGACCCAAAUACACACAUAAUCUGGAUAGACAAUGCAAACGCAAAGUUGAAGGCCCUUCGCCACAUUGAAGAAGGUGAGGAGCUCCGCAUUUGCUACAUUGACACCAGCAUGGCUUUUGAAGCCCGGCAAAAAAUUUUGGGUGAAGGGUUUGGUUUUCAGUGUCGUUGCCUUCGAUGCUUAUCUCAUGAGUAAGAAGCAACGCAGACAGACCUCUGCUUUUGGUUUGAUCUGAGAAAAAGGAUAUAUAUUUUUUGAAAAAAUGUAGUAUCUUAUUUUUCUUAUGGCCAGAAUUUCUCUAUCGAGAUGGUAAAUUAUAUAUAUUAUUUUCAGGCAAGGGAAAUUACCUGAAAUUCUUUUACCUAUGUAAUUUUAUGAAGUAUGCUGUCGGAUGGAGUGUAAUAGAAGUGGUGAAUCUAAAUUGUUUAACUAAAUUAUUGAUAUUGGUAUUUAAUGUA